AUGGCCCAGAACAAGACUGUCCUCAUAUUCGGCUCCGGAGCCAGCAUCGGAGCAUCGACCGCGAAGCUCUUUCCCUCAAAGGGGUACGGCGUUCCACAGCGGCGCCGCCACAGGCUCACAGCCGCCCCAAGCCUUGAACACCACCAUGUGCAAGCGGACUUGACACAACUUCGUGUUGUAGCUGAAGCCUUCGACACGGUGAAGCAGAAAUUUGGCAGUGCGCCAAGCAUCGUCAUCUAUAACGCCUAUGGCAUGCAUCUCACAGCCGAAGAUGAUCCCUUGAGCGUUUCGCUUCUCGACUUCAAAGCAGACCUUGCCGUGAACAUUUCCUCGGCAUAUCAUGCUGCUCAGCUGGCUACCGAGGGCUUCAAAUCCCUUCCGCCUGAUGUGCCGAAGACUUUUAUCUAUACUGGCAAUGGCCUUGACUCGUCGCCUCAACCUAUGCUUCUCACCUUAGGCGUGGGUAAGUCGGCGAUGGCCCACACGAUUGAAUGUGCCGCGACUGCUUAUGCGGGAAAGGGAUGGACGUUCUACUAUGUCGAUGAACGGCUCGAAGAUGGAAAUUUGCAGGAGGCGCUAUUAGCGGGCAAGCGUAUACGGCACGGUUCUGGGAACUCAGCCAAGACAGUCGACAAGACUUUGUUGGACACCUUUGUCGCUGGGUUUGGGCACAAAGAAUUUAACUGAAAUGAGAUUUUCGCAGUGCAUUGAGGAAAGCGUCGAUUGUAAAAGAGGAAUAGAGAAGAUUAUAUAAUGCAUCUAAAAUUGAGUGGUCUAGCUAAGCUAGAACAAGCUAGGCCGUUCACACCGUCGUCUUACUUCGUAGAGUACCUACCACUGCGACGCCUCACCCGUGUAGAGCAGAAACCGCCCCGACGUCUCUUCCCGGCUCGCCCCGUCGAUCUGCACGACCGGCGUCAGCAAGCAGCCCCACGU